AAGACGCUAUUUCGUUAGCAGAGAGUACAAUACACAAUAUUUGGUGUCAGAAGUGGGAUCCAACAAAGAAGUGCGAUCCAGCAGUGGGAUCCAACAAAAAGGGCGAUCCAGCGAGAUACAAUAACAAGUGCGAUCUAUCAGUGAAAUCCAGUGCAAUUCAACAAAAGUACGAUCCAGGAGUGCGACCCUACAGAGCGAAUCAGAACGAUGGCUAACAACAAAGAACUUCUAGAGUCGAUCGGAGCGAUGCUCGCAAAGGCAAUUACUUCAGCUUCAUCACAUGCGCGGACAGAGCAAGAGAAUCGCGAGCCACCAGUACUGAAAUUUUCAAUGCCAGAGUUCAACAGCCAGAAAGAAGAGGCCGUGGCAGAUUAUUUCGAAAGGAUGGAAUGGGCUCUCGAAUUAAGUCGAAUUCCCAAGGAGCAGCAUGGUCAGUACGCGAGAGUGUAUAUGGGAGGCGAGCUCAACACCGCUCUGAAAUUCCUUAUUACGCCACGCGAUCCGGAAGAGCUACAGUUCUACGAAAUCAAGAACAGUCUCGUAGCACACUUCGAUCGGGCCACGAACAAAUACGCAGAAAGCAUCAAAUUCCGAACUAUUACACAACAGAAAGAGGAAACCAUCGCCCAAUUUGCACUGCGGCUAAAACGAGGCGCUGCAUAUUGCGAGUACGGCAAAUUCCUAGACCGCAUGCUCAUCGAACAACUAUUGCAUGGGCUAGAAAAACGUGAUAUGUGCGACGUGAUCAUACAAAAGAAGCCUAACACGUUUCAACAGGCAUACGAGAUUGCAAAUACGUUGGAAGCAACCCGAACUACGACAAAGGAAGUCUGCGGCGAAACACCAACACCAACACAGGAGUACGAGAAUACGAACAAGCUAAACUACGAAAACCAAACUACAAAGAGAACACGAAAAUUCGCGGAGCGCGUACAUACACACACGCGCGACACAGCAAACGAAAAUCCAAAUGCAAGAGGAUCUACUUACACCAACGAACCGAGUGCUUGCUACGGCUGCGGUGGAAAACAUUACAGGAGCGAUUGCCGAUUUCGUAAUACUACAUGCAAUCGAUGCGGAAAGACGGGUCACAUCGCCAAAGUUUGUCGAUCACGUGACAAAGCUAAUUCUCAACCUCGAACACGGGACAAUCCGAGCGACGAAAUCGAUUACAUUCAUACCGUGCGAAAUAUUCCCUCAAGCGGCGCUAAACAACUCAACGUUCAGAUCGACGGCAAAACCAUAAGUAUGGAGUUGGACACCGGAGCCCCCUGCAGCAUAAUUGGGGAGCACCAACUCAGAAACUUCAAACGACAAUUCAUACUGCUGCCGCCGGACAGGAAAUUCACGAGCUACACGGGUCACAGCAUUCAAUGCCUGGGACGACUAACCGUAGACGCCAGCCUUGACCCGCAUGAGACAUCACACCGGCUUAACCUGUACGUAGUGGCCGGGUCAGCAGAACCACUAUUUGGUCGAGAGUGGAUUACAAAGUUUCAUCAGCAAAUCAAAUGGAACGAAUUGUUCGCAGCCCAAACACAAUGCAUGCUGUAAAGGACAGUGAUUUAUGCCAAGUUCAAACGAAAAAUAAUGCACGAUUACCAGAUACAGUUCAAAACG